UGUUUACAUUGCUUCGUCCGUGCGUGUCAUCAACCUUCUUGAGUGCGCAUUGCAGAUAGUUCUGUAUGUGGCAGUGACUUAGAGCCAUGUUAGUUGAUGGUAUCUGUAAUCGACUUAAACUUUCAUACACGGUGUGUAAAAUCUUGUCGUAUCUCUAUCGAUAAGUCGGGUACGUCAUUUUUGCAUAAUCGCAUCGGUCGCAGCAGGCGCAGUUUGAUCACAAGUUCGAUACCGAUCCUAGUGACCUUGAUCUAGCCAGUAGUAGGCUACUCGGAUGAAGCGCCAGGCUAGCAGAAUAAUUGUUUAAACGAGAAAGUUCAGGUUGCCACUAAGCGAAGAUGGCUGGUGGAGCAGAGGCAAAGGUUGUGGCCGUGGCCGACGGAGAUAAGGGAUAUUUUCGGCAGUUCUGCGAGUACAUGAAGCGUGACACCAAGGGAGUCGAGAUAGCUGCAUAUACUUUGUCGGGAGUGUUGUUCGUAAUCGCGUACAAAAAAAUAAGACCAAUUACUCGUUUCGGCAAACCCUCGGACAUUCCGCGGCACUUCAUCCGGGAGCAGCUUCCCCAGUACGGUCGGGUGCAGAAAAUUGAACCGUCCAUCCAGUCCGGCCCAUUACUUUUGAUCAAACAUCGACCUCCGUUGAAUUUGACUCCUUGGUCCAGCAAAACACUCCCAGUGAAAGUGGCCGGAGUCGAGAUUAACGCUAACGGAUACUCCUGGCUGCAGUCAGUGGUCACCGAUCGGUCGAUUACUUUUAUCCCGGUUAAGGAAACCGAUGCUUCCGGGACGGAUUACGCCGAGUGUCGCGUCUAUUUCUACGAUCGAUCCAGCGACGGCAAAUCCAGCCGAAAAGUGGACGUCGGUCACGCUCUGGUUAGCCUGGGAUUUGCCAAGUUGAAUGUCACCGUCGUCCCGAAAGAGAAAAUACCCAAACACGAUGUGUUGAAGCGACAAACUCAGCACUAUUUGCAAACGCUGGCCAAAACCGAAAGCAUUGCCAAAGACAGACGGGUGGGAGUUUGGCAACAGUCGCUACCGCCCAAAAUCUGGCCCGCUCUGGUUUGGCAAUCGGCGGUAGAUAGUCUAGUGCGCCGCGUGACCCCUGCCUCACAUCAGCUGCCGGAAUUGGUGCGAUAAAUCGGCGGAACGCGACAAUUAUAUCAGUCAGCUUCGAGCCCCACCGAAAAAGGGGAAUUUAACACUAAGCAGCAGUGCGUGGGGUGGUCAGCAGAUUGAUUUUUGAUUCUUCCUAAUGACAAUACAAUCGAUUAGUAUUUUAAAACCGUGCCCAAAUCGCAGAGAUAAUUGAGCAGUUGGGGCUACGGUUGAUUUUGCACAAACAAUAACGAUCAGAACCUUCAAGCGCAAUUUGUUUUUCUCUGUUCGUGUUAUCGUUAAUUAAUUCCAUCUGUUUUUUUGGUUGGUAUUCGCAAAGAGAUGUUUUAUAGAAGUGAACUACUUUGGAAAUAUUAAAUAAAUGUUUUUCUUUCUUUUGCAAAA